GUUCAUGAAGUUAUCAAAGCAAUACUAUCAUGACGACAAAAAAAUCAGCCAUCUUUCCCGAAGCGAAACAUUUCGUUUCGAGAGAACAAGUACAAUUCGAAUUUUCAUCCUGUGUYCCACCCGUUGUCACUGUUGAUCCGGGAGAUUUGGUACAUGUUCAAACAAAUGAUUGCUUUCACGGUAGGGUGCAACCGGAAAGCUUGUCUUCGUGGAAAAGGCAGAGAAGUUACAAGCAGCDGGCUUCAACGCAGCUAGAAAACGACGACAGCAAAGGAUGUGGCGGCGGAAGCUUUCUGAAUGGCAGCCUUCUCGACGAAAUUCCUAGAAACAAACGGAACCCCAUUUCGGGUCCCAUAUUUGUGAGAGGKGCAGAACCRGGCGACAUUCUCGCAGUCACACUGCUAGACAUUCGCCCGCGGGGUAUUGGGAUUGCCUGCUGUGGAUCUUCUGCCGGGCAGCUCUGCGGCUGGAUGAAACGCAAGUCCACUACGAUUCGGUUUUUCGAUCUCUCCCAGUGUGGCGAAAUCGUAACAAUGAGGGACCUCGGCAAAAGCGAUGUGAAAGAAGGUCUUGUCCUGGAAUCAACACYAUCCCGGUCCCGGCUAGGUCCGAUUUCCUUCCCGGCGUCACCGAUGCUGGGCGUGAUCGGGGUCGCCCCCGCUGGGGAAGACGAUCCCAUAGGAACGAUUCCCGCGGGAAARCACGGGGGAAACCUAGACAACAAGGCCAACUGCAUCGGGUCCACGAUUUACUUCCCCGUGAAYCACCCGGGCGCUCUGCUAUCGAUGGGCGACAUGCACGCCUCCCAGGGCGACGGUGAGAUCUCGGGAACGGGCAUCGAAAUCGGGGGGGACGUUUUGCUGAGAUGCGAGGUACUCAAGCAAGAGGACGUGUACGGGGACGACGAAAGUAGCAGAGAGGACCAGAGACUCGAAUACCCCGUGACGGAAACCGAGACGCACUGGAUUACCCACGGGGUAGCCGUCUGCGACKUUCCCGAAACCACCUCGAUCGCAUGUAGGGAAGCCGCAAAGAUCCUGGUGGGGCAGUGGGGUUUUUCCCCCGAGGAAAGCUUUCUUUUUUUGAGUGUGAAGGGAGACCUGGGGAUGUGCCAGUCCUGUCACCCCGAUGUCGGCACCCAGAUUGCAAAGGUAUCGGUCGCUAGACUGAACGAUCUCUGUCCGAGGGCCUUCMGRGUGUUGCAUUCGGGUUCAGAGUCGUCGGAAUCGAGUCCAGUUAGCUAGCUAUAUACUCUAGUGGUUGGCUUYGAAAUAGUUUUGUGACAUUUAUACCAAUCAUUCUUGGYCAUCAUGUUAAUUUUAUGGUUAACUUCGUUGCUGAGUCCAGCRGGACAAUUGAAUCGAAUCGAUGGAUCAUUUACUGUCGAACGGACUAAUCGAUCAACUCCUUUGCGAUYGAAAUAUCGGAUAGGUUUCCUCCAAACCAAAAUUAUUCUUCCCUUUACUACCAGUGCACAUACUCAAAUGGAAGCUUCGCACACCGAAAAUUUGUUGAUUGAGUUUCAAGUUCCCGUUUCCCGAAAUUGUCGUGGUACAAGACGUCGAAAUACGCAUGGGAUUGUCAUAUUUUCAAACCGUGAAUGUUGAGACUGUCUACGUGACGAAGUCCUGUGGAAUUUAACUUG